UGAUUUUGAUAUCUAGUACGCAGCUUAUGAAAAGUGUCCAUCUGAAAUUUCAUUAAGAGUUGAUUUUUGUCGUCGACAGCAGGUUUCCUUAGAAUCAAAAUGGAUCUUCGUAAGAUUAUGAUGGUGGUGUUGUUAUCAACAAUUUCCAAAGCCUUUGAAACAGAUGUUAUAAACGCUGUGGAAGUCAAAACCCCAUCAGGCUGGGUCAGGGGUUAUGAAGAAAACUUUGACGAUGGACAGGUGUACAGGUUUAUUAAAAUUCCUUUCGCGCAGCCUCCCUUGGGAAAACUCCGCUUUCAGAAACCUCAGCCUAUUGGAGAAUGGGAGGGUGUCCAAGGCGUAUCAGAGAAGACUGGUAUGUCGUGCUCACAAUGGAAUUUCCCCGUGCCUGGUUUCGAUGAUAUGCAACUAGAUGAGGAUUGUUUGCAUCUGAAUAUUUACGUUCCUGGAAAGGUAUCAAAAGAUCGAAAUCUCUCUGUAAUGGUAUGGAUUCAUGGAGGAGGAUUCUUUUUUGGUGGAGCUAAUCAGUAUAAACCUCAUAAGUUAGUUUUAGGAGGUGACGUCAUAGUGGUAACAAUAAAUUACAGACUUGGAUUCCUAGGUUUCCUCACACUUAACAACCCACUAAUGGCGGGAAAUUAUGGCCUUUGGGACCAAAUUGAGGCCCUCCGUUGGGUUCAAAACAACAUCGCAGCAUUUGGCGGCAAUCCUAAGUCCGUCACUAUAUUUGGAGAAUCAGCGGGUGGAAUGGCUGUUAGUCUUCUGACUUUAAUUCCUUCAAACAAGGGACUGUUCCAGCGAGCUAUUUCACAGAGUGGAGUUGUAAACUUCUUUUCCAUUUCCAAAAAAGAACAGGAGGAACGAAACGCAGAUUUACUUUUAGAGAGAGUUAACUGCAAAGAUAAAGAUGAGGUCUCUGAGAUCCUGAAAUGUCUUCAAGAUCUUCCGGCUGAAAACAUAACAAAUGCAUUGACAUUUAUGGACCUGCAGACUCCAUUGAAUACGUCCUUUAUAACUGGAGGAUUAACUCCUUGUAUUGACGGUGAGCUUAUAAAGGAACAUCUUGCAUAUCCACGAUCUUCAGAUGAUUCCAUUUACAGUUUCUUCCGCACUGUUGACUUCAUGUCAGGGACACUAGAUGGGGAAGGAAAUAUGGUAUAUUUGGGCAUAUCACCCCAAAUUCAAGAACAUUUCGAUUUCAACGUCACAGAAAAAAUUCCACUAGGUGUUCUUUGUGAAAUACAUGCUCCUACGUAUGUGGAAACAGUUGUUGGUAAUGUCCCAGAAUUGGCGAAGGAAAUAUGCGACUUUUAUACUACUGCGGAGAGCGUUGAUGCACAGAGUAAUAAAGUCUGCGAAUUUACCGGUGACUAUUCCUUCAUAGUACCAAGUAAUAUUAUGCUAUCUAUUCAUUCCAAAAAUAAUAAAGGGGCUAGAUCGUUCCAAUAUCUGAUAACAAAAACAAGUCCUAUGCCUUUCGGAGGAGAUCCACCAGCUUGGUUUAAGGGUGCUGGACACGGUGAUGAAUUGCAUCUAAUGUUUAAUUUUGAAAUAACGGCUCUUUCAGAAGAAAAAUUUAAAAACGUUAACCUUGACGACAUCAAGAAGUUGUCAGACUAUGUUGUCAAGUAUUGGACCAAUUUUGCCAAAUUUGGAAAUCCAAACGGUGAAAAUGUUCCAGAGUGGCCAUUGUAUGACGUCAGCACCAAACAAUACGUUAUCAUUGACUUGCCUAUCACGACAGGCGAGAAUUUGAAAUCCGAGGCGACAGCACUGUUGAGUAAGAUAACAGAGAUUGGUCGUCAACGACUGAUCCACGAUGAAUUAUAGCUAGCAGACCUUGCAGAUCCUUUGAGACAAUUCUUAGUGAAAUUGGUGAAAUUGUAAUUCAUCAGUAGCCCUUUUCACAAAAAAUCUUACGACAUAUUUUUAUCUUAAGUGAAAACUUAUGAUAAAAAUCAUUUUCACAAAAAUUCUUAAGAAAGUCGUAAGUGCAAAAUCUGUCGUAACUUUACGAGAGCCCCAACCCUCUCUUAAGUAUUUUAAAACCGAUUUUAUUGUAAAAAUAUAAUCGCAAAAACCAAAAUACACGUUAAAUUGAAUGUUGUAAAGCAACUUACAAUAAUAUUUUAUAUUUUUUUCACAAUCAUUGUCGAAAAAUUAAAUGAAAUACACUACAAAAUAUUUACGAUGUAAGUUUCACUUAAGAUUUUCGUAUGACCUACUUUUACGUCAGACUUGUGAUUGUGACGUCAGAUUUUAAACUUCCUUGCUUCACAAAUGAUUGCAUUCGAUAUUUGUUGUCAAUAAUGUUUGUUAUGCUGACAAUUGUUGAAAACUAAGUUUUAUUUUAUUUUCACCCACUUAUUUAAGGAUUGUAAAGCAUAUUGAAGUCGUUGCUAGGAAUGAAGUCUGUCGUAAGUAAAAAUCUUAACUUCAAUCUGCUACGAAUGCGUUCGUGAAACGCACUUAAGAUUUGUCGUAAGAGAUUCUUAAGUUAAAAUCUUAUGCAAAAACUUAAGAUUUUUUGUGAAAAGGGCUACUGACUUUUAGAUGUGAUUCUUUUUAUUGAUUUCUUUAAUUCAUUGAAUUGUUUAAUGAAAGAAACAGAAAGGAUCCAAUUUUACAACAACAACCAAAAAAAAAAAAAAAAAAAUAGCUAAGGACUUCAAGGUACCAGCUAUUUUUUUUUUUUUUUUGGUUGCGUGGCCCUUUAGGACUGUACGUUCAUGCCAUUUCGAUAAAAAAAAAGAGCAGAAGACUGAACAUAAGUGAGAUAUUUUUAUUCAUAUCAUAUCGUUUAACUUUCUUUGAAUUUCUCUCUGCUGCUUCAUUUAAAAUUUAUAUACUUUAUUUCAUUCCAAGGGACAAUCUAACUUGCGCAUCUAUGUGACCAAACAAUUAAGUUGAUGGAAUAUUCGAACAUAGAUCUUCUUGAAGCUAUUCUAUGAUUUUACAGUUCUUUUUUCUAAUAGUUCACAGUUUUUUAGUGAAACAGCCUCAUUCGUGCUUUUUGUUUAUUUGAUAUUUGAUUUGUGUGGAUGCCUAUGUGUCUAGAUUUAUUUUAUUCAUUUAUUUUUUAUUUUUUUUUAUUUAUUUUUUUUUUUUUUUUGCCUUUUCUACCACUGCAGAGCAUUGCUGUUUUAGGAUUGUAAGAAUUUUCAAAAUCUUUCUAAAUAAGCCAAAUAUUGGCAGAAAUCCUGUCAAAAUUCAACGUUUAGAUAGAUUGACAAUAUUUGAUAUUUUGGACAUUAAACAAUGGAUUAAC